AGGCCGCGCGCAUGCGCGGGGGGCGGGUCGUGGUGGUAGUGCUGCGGAGCCGGGGUUGCCGGGGCUGCGGACGCCAUGUCGGGCCGCUCGGUGCGAGCUGAAACCCGCAGCCGCGCCAAAGAUGACAUCAAAAAAGUGAUGGCGGCUAUCGAGCGCGUCCGCAAAUGGGAGAAGAAGUGGGUGACGGUGGGAGACACAUCCCUUCGGAUAUUCAAGUGGGUGCCUGUAGCAGACAGUAAGGAGAAAGAGAAGUCCAAAACAGGUAGCAGUGCUGCUCGAGAACCCAAUGGCUUCCCAGCUGACUCAUCUGCCAACUCCUCCCUCCUCCUGGAGUUCCAGGAUGAGACCAGUAACCAGAGCUCCUUGUCGGAUGUUUACCAGCUCAAGGUCGACAGCAGCCCAAACUCGAGCCCCAGCCCCCAACAGAGCGAGUCAAUGAGUCCUGCACAUACGUCUGACUUCCGCACGGAUGAUUCGCAGCCACCUACACUGGGGCAGGAGACCCUGGAAGAGCCCUGCCUACCUUCCUCGGAAGUUGCAGAUGAGCCUCCCACUCUCACGAAAGAGGAGCCUGUCCCUCUUGAGACUCAGGAAACUGAAGAGGAGGAUUCUGGGGCGCCGCCUCUGAAGAGAUUUUGUGCUGAUCAGAACUCUGUGUGCCACACGGUCUCGGAGAGCUAGGGAUGGGCCCCUCCCUCCAGCCCCCCACAGAGCCCGCUUGCCCUCCCCAGGGACGGGCCCCUCCCUCCAGCUCCCCGCAGAGCCCGCCUACCCUCGCCAGGGAUGGGCCCUUCCCUCCAGCUCCCCACAGAGCCCACCUGCACAUCCCAGGGACAGGCUCCUUCCUUCCAACUCCUCGCCAAGCCCGCCUGCCCUCCCUAGGAACAGGCCCUUCUCACCAGCCCCCCACAGAGCUGGCCUGCCCUCCCCAGGGACAGGCCCCUCCUGCCAGCCCCCCACCCCCCCUGAGCCAGCCUGUCCUCCCCAGGGACGGGCCCCACCCCCCAGCUCCCCUCCCCAGGGAUGGACCCCUCCCGCCAGCCCCCCACUGCAGAGCCCGCCUGCCCUCCCUAGGAACAGGCCCUUCUCACCAGCCCCCCACAGAGCUGGCCUGCCCUCCCCAGGGACAGGCCCCUCCUGCCACACACACCCCCCCCCACGACAGUGCCCGCCUCCCCUCCCCAGGGAUGGGCUCCUCCCUCCAGGCCUGUGCACAGCCCACCUGCCUUCCCCAGGGAUGGGCCCCUCCCGUCACACCCCCCCCGCAGAGCCCGCCUGCCCUCCCGUCAGCCCCCCACAGAGCCGGCCUGCCCUCCCCAGGGACAGGCUCCUCCCUCCAGCUCCCUGCAGAGCCCACCUGCUCUCCCCGUGGAAGGGCUCCUCCCGCCAGCCCCUCACAGAGGAACUAGUCUGUCCUUCCCUCAGGGACAGGCCAGGGCACCUCGCACCAUCAGUACGUGCAAACUUGCCUCUAUUUAUUGGCUCCCUUUUCCCGCUGAUCUGUGCUGGUGCGGCAGGGGCAGCACUGGUCAUGCAGCCUGCUCGUGUGAGGGGCUGAGUCCUCUGGGUCUCCUGCUCUGCCCGGGCGCUGGACGAGAACUGCAGCCCGGCAGAUUUUGUUCCCCUGCAGGACAAUUUCGUCUAGGGCCCCGUGCCCCCAGUUGCUGGGAAUGGAAGAGCCAUUCCCACUGCACAAAGUAGUUUCUCUUCCCCCUUGUGACUAUGUCCUGGAGCUUCCCCCCAGUAAACAAGCCUUACUGAUGGGCCGAGAGGGGUUAGGUGAGCAUUCGCGGCAUGGGACCUCCCAGUGCUGGAGCUCUGACAUAGGCCUUCGCCCUGCGGGGCAGGAAUCCCGAGCUGGGACACUGUGCAAUAGCUGUUGGUUUAAGCCAUUUGUGCUGGAGGAGACAGGGGCCCCGCACUAUGGAGGGUAGGCAGAUGAGUGUAUCAGGGCACAGCCGCCCCCCCAGGCAUGUGCUAUGGGGCCUCUGGACGUCUUGCCACCUCCCCUCCCCCGGCCCCUGCAGGGUGGCAGCAUUCAAGGGUGCAGGCUAUAGGCACAAAGCCCUUAGUAUUGGAUCCAGGCAGGUUGCCACCAGGUCCCUGGCUGACUCUGCGCCUGGCAUGGACCUGCGGUUCCUAACGUGAGUGCCCAUGGGAGAGACUGAGGCAGCAUAGGGUUUCUUCAGUUUCAGGGUGGGGAGGUCCUGCUGUGAGGCCCACUCCAAGUCUACCUCAGGGACGGGGAAGGACACAGCAGGGUCUAGGGUCUCUCCCAGAAAACCCAGGAGCCUUGGUUCUCACUCUCCCAGCGCUGUCAGGGUGGCGUCAUUUCCCAGUGCACCUUUACACUGCCUGUCCUUGGUGCCUGGUCUGCACACCCUGGCACCUCGCUCACCCGGCUCCCAGUCAGAGCUGCUCCCCAGGCUUGUUUACCAUGGAGCUCCUGUCCCUCCUCUCCAACGCCAUGGACCUGUUUCCUCUUCGUUGCGAUCUGCAUGUCAAAUCAAGUCUGUGAUUGAGCCUCUGUUGAAGCCGAAGGCGCCGGCUAUGCGUGGAAGUGGAAAGAUAUUUUAGCACUGAAUAGAAUAUUUUUAAAAUUAAACUAUUUGAAAUACA